ACGUCAAUUGGCGGCGCCGGAUGGUUGGGAGGGGGCGAGGCGUCACAGCGACUUGGGGUUCGCCCCGUCACGCAAUUACAACUUUGUGCUGGCGAAGUUUGCGAUUCUAAGACAUCGCCCUACUAUGGUCAGCCUCAGCCUUUCCUGGUCUCCACGUCUAUUCAAAAAUGUAAUCUGACAGCCGCGGUCCGCAACUCCUGCAUCUGCAGCUUUCGCUGCGCCUUGGGAUUGUUGUCGCCAUCGUUUGCAGUGAAAGAGCAGGAGUCGGUAAAGUUUGUGUGCAAGUAUCGCACGGCAACGGCCUUUUUUGAUCUUUCGAGUUGGGGUUCGUUGGUUUUGAUCUCUGGAGUUGGGGUUCGUUGGUUUAAAUUUGUUGCGUUUCCAUGGAAGCCUGUGGAGUGUCGCUCGCUCCCUCCACCGCUGCUUUCGGUGAUGAGAAAAAGAAAAUGGCGGCGGGAAAAGCUACAGGGGAGACCAAGCAGGGGCCCUUAAGCUUGACAGAGGAAGAGAGGGAGGCGCUGGACGGAAUGGACAGCCGUCUCUUUGGUUUCGUUAAGAUACAAGAAGAUGGCGCUAGCACGAAGACCUUAUUGGGCAAGGCUGUUUGCUGCUAUGAAUCUUUAAUCUUAAAAGCUGAAGGAAAAGUGGAGGCUGAUUUCUUUUGUCGAUUAGGUCACUUCAACCUCUUAUUGGAAGAUUAUCCAAAAGCAUUAUCUGCAUAUCAGAGGUACUACAGUUUACAGUCUGACUACUGGAAGAAUGCUGCCUUUUUGUAUGGCCUUGGUUUGGUUUACUUCUACUACAAUGCAUUUCACUGGGCAAUUAAAGCAUUUCAAGAGGUGCUUUAUGUUGACCCCAGCUUUUGUCGGGCCAAGGAAAUUCAUUUACGACUUGGGCUCAUGUUCAAAGUGAACACAGAUUAUGAAUCUAGUUUAAAGCAUUUUCAGUUAGCUUUGAUUGACUGUAAUCCCUGUACUCUGUCCAGUUUUGAAAUUCAGUUUCAUAUUGCCCACUUGUAUGAAACCCAGCGGAAAUAUCAUUCUGCAAAAGAAGCCUAUGAACAGCUUUUACAGACAGAAAACCUACCUGCACAACUAAAAGCAACAAUUUUACAACAGUUAGGAUGGAUGCAUCAUAAUGUGGACCUACUGGGAGACAAAGCUACCAAGGAAACAUACGCAAUUCAGUAUCUCCAAAAGUCAUUGGAAGCAGAUCCUAAUUCUGGCCAGUCUUGGUAUUUCCUUGGGAGGUGCUAUUCAAGUAUUGGGAAAGUUCAGGAUGCCUUUAUAUCUUACAGGCAGUCUAUUGAUAAAUCAGAAGCAAGUGCAGAUACAUGGUGUUCAAUAGGUGUGCUCUAUCAGCAGCAAAAUCAGCCUAUGGAUGCUUUGCAGGCCUAUAUUUGUGCUGUACAAUUGGACCAUGGGCAUGCAGCAGCCUGGGUGGACCUAGGCACUCUCUAUGAAUCCUGCAAUCAAACUCAGGAUGCCAUUAAAUGCUACUUAAAUGCAACUAGAAGCAAAAAUUGUAGUAAUACCUCUAUACUUGUAGGAAGAAUUAAGUUUUUACAGGCUUAUAAAGCUCAUCAUCCAAGUACUGAACUUGUAUUAGGCCUCAAUCAAACACCAAUUCCACAACAGUUCGUGCCAGUACACAUGAUUACUUCUAGCCAAAUAGAUGACCUGUCCAGUCCUGCCAAGAGGAAAAGAACAUCUAGUCCAACAAAGCACGUGGAACAGCUGCGUGCAAAUAAAGAUAACUUAAAUCCAGCACAGAAAUUGAUGCUGGAACAGUUGGAAAGUCAGUUUGUUUUAAUGAAACAAACGAAACAAACAGGACAAACUACUGGAAUUCUUAAUGGCCCACUAACUGACUCUUCACUGCCUACAAACUCUGUCUCCAGCCAGCAACUAUAUUCUGCCCUGCCCAGAGUUUCUAGUGUCUCUCAGCCUGAAGUUCACUCUGCUUAUUUUGAAAAGCUCUUGUCCAGUGGACCAUUUUCUGCAGGCUGUGCUCCUUGCAGCACACCAAAAACGCUAGGGAGUGCAGACACUAUUUUGGUAGGCAGUAAUUACAUAACAGGAAGUGGAAGUAAUGGAAAUGUGCCUUACCUGAAGCCAAACACAUUCACUCUACCUCAUAACUGCACAAACCUGACCAGCAGCGCAGAAGAGCCAUGGAGAAAACAGCUAUCUAACUCUGCUCAGGGGCUUCAGAAAGGUCAGAGUUCACAUUUGUCAGAACCUAAUGAUGAACAAUCUUUAUUUUCCACUGGGCCUGCCCAGUAUCUUCAGGCAGCUGUCACUGGUAUUCGGAAACAGACUGAAGUUCGAACUAUACCUAGCAAUUCAGUCACACAGGGAGAUGCUCUCAAUCACUUCUCCUCUCAUAUUGCUACCUCAGGUGGACAACAAGGCAUUACCUUUACCAAAGAGAGCAAAUCUUCAGGAAAUCGAUCUUUGGUGCCUGAAACAAACAGGCAUCCUGGAGACGUGCCUAAUGGCUGCACUGUCGUCGAGGAACUUUCAAAUCAUGUUCAGCAGCUGAUGGCAGAACCUAUUUGCAGUUCUAACCAUGGAGAUUGUGCAUCACCAAAUCUAUUAAUAUCAGACAAUCCUCAGAUCUCUGCCUUGUCGAUUGGAAAAGCAAACGACAAUGUGGGUACUGGAGCCUGUGACAAAGUCAAUAAUAUUCACCCAGAUGUUCAUACAAAGGCUAAUAAUUCUGUUGCCUCUUCACCCUCUUCAGUCAUUUCCACUUCAGCACCUUCUCCAAAAUCCACUGGACAGACAGCCACACACAGUGUUUCCAGCCUUAACAGUCCUCACAGUAGGUUACAUACAAUUAAUAGAGAAGGGCUAGAUAAUGUACAGAGCUCUAAAAAACCAGACAUGCCUAGAGUUAGCCACAAACCUGGUCCUCAGAUCAUACCAUCAGUGUCUGUGUCCAUAUAUUCAAGUUCCACAGAAGUUCUGAAGGCAUGCAGGAAUUUAGGUAAAAAUGGCUUGUCUGAUAGCUGCAUUUUAUUGGAUAAAUGUCCACCUCCAAGGCCACCAACUUCACCCUACCCUCCCUUGCCAAAGGACAAAUUGAAUCCACCUACACCAAGUAUUUAUUUGGAAAAUAAGCGUGAUGCUUUCUUUCCUCCAUUACAUCAAUUUUGUACAAAUCCCAAAAACCCUGUUACUGUUAUACGUGGCCUUGCUGGAGCUCUUAAGUUAGAUCUUGGACUUUUCUCUACCAAAACUUUGGUAGAAGCUAAUAAUGAACAUACAGUAGAAGUGAGGACACAGUUGUUGCAACCAGCUGAUGAAAACUGGGACCCCACUGGAACAAAGAAAAUCUGGCGCUGUGAAAGUAAUAGAUCACAUACGACCAUUGCUAAGUAUGCACAGUAUCAAGCCUCUUCCUUCCAGGAAUCAUUGAGAGAAGAAAGUGAGAAAAGAAUGCAACAUAAAGAAUAUUUAGAUAAUGAAUCCACAUCUUCAAAUUUUUCUGGAAAGAGAAGGAAAGGACCUUUUAAAAUCAUAAAAUUUGGAACCAACAUUGACCUCUCUGAUGAUAAAAAGUGGAAAUCGCAGCUACAUGAGCUGACUAAACUUCCUGCUUUUGUGCGUGUCGUAUUUGGUCAUACAAUACUGGGCAUGAAUACUGUUCAGCUCUACAUGAAAGUUCCAGGGAGUCGAACACCAGGUCACCAAGAAAAUAACAACUUCUGUUCUGUGAACAUAAAUAUUGGUCCAGGUGAUUGUGAAUGGUUUGUCGUUCCUGAAGAUUAUUGGGGUGUUCUGAAUGACUUUUGUGAAAAAAAUAAUUUGAAUUUUCUGAUGAGUUCUUGGUGGCCCAACCUUGAAGAUCUUUAUGAAGCAAAUGUUCCUGUAUAUAGGUUUAUUCAAAGACCUGGAGAUUUAGUCUGGAUAAAUGCAGGGACUGUACAUUGGGUUCAGGCUAUUGGCUGGUGCAACAAUAUUGCUUGGAAUGUUGGUCCACUUACAGCUUGCCAAUAUAAAUUAGCAGUGGAACGGUACGAAUGGAACAGAUUGCAAAGUGUGAAAUCAGCAGUACCCAUGGUUCAUCUUUCUUGGAAUAUGGCACGGAAUAUCAAAGUCUCUGAUCCCAAACUUUUUGAAAUGAUUAAGUAUUGUCUUCUGAAAGUUCUAAAUCAGUGUCAGACAUUGAGGGAAGCUCUUAUUACAGCAGGAAAAGAGGUUAUAUGGCAUGGGAGGACAAAUGAAGAACCAGCACAUUACUGUAGCAUUUGUGAGGUGGAGGUUUUUGAUCUGCUUUUUGUUACUAAUGAAAGCAAUUCUCAAAAGACCUACAUAGUACAUUGCCAAGACUGUGCACAAAAAACAAAUGGAAAUUUGGAUAAUUUUGUGGUGCUAGAACAGUACAAAAUGGAGGACCUGAUGCACAUCUAUGACCAGUUUAUAUUAGUAAGUGAAAUCAACAUGCUCCUUCAUUGUCAUCGUCCUCUUCCUGAUAUUGUCCAUGAAUAUUAAAUGACACCUUUUCUGCUCUUCAAGAAAGUUUUGCACCACUUUUUUGUAGCUGUUCAUAAGACUGCUGACUUAAAAACUGUAUCUAUGCAAACUUCCAAAAAUAGAGUGUCAGUCAACCAACUGGACGUAGGAGAGCACUGCUUCUACUCCACAACUGUCACAAGCAGAUCCAGCUGUACCUAAUAAUAAUAAAUACAUGUUUCUGUUUCAUGAUAUCUGAGAGAACUGGCAAUGUUCAACACACUACUCACUGACUUGAAUACAACUUUUUUUGUUUCUUUAUUUCUGGACUAAUAAAUUAGUUUUCAUCUAUAUUUUACCCUUUUAGAAUUUUACUGGGGGAAAAAUACUGUCCUAGAUAUUUAUUUGUUUGGUAAGAUAGUUAAUAAUGUUUAAAUGUUUCAUCAGCUUUUUUUAUGUGAAAAAUUAGAUGAGAUAGUUUAUUACAGAUUUAGAUUUUUCUGUAUUGUUUUGAGACCACAAUAGUUAUACUUUUGGUUCCAAAUGAAACUUAAAACUUUAAUAGUCUAAUAGCCAAGACACAAAGAUAAUGGAUUACACAUAGGGUAAGGAAUAAAGUUCAGAUUUGUGAUUUUUGUUUUAAAUCUUGAUACAGAUUUAUGCUAUUUAUGUAUACAUAUUUAUUGCUUGAAAAUAUUUGUGAAUGGAAUGUUGUUUAUUUUUUUCAAGAUUUACCUGCUAUUAAAUAUUAAGGAGUUCUGUCAUUUUAAACACUACUCCUUUUACAUUUUCUAUGUAUAAAUAAAACUACUUAGCAUUGUACAGAAAUUUUAUUAAAAUUGUUUAAUGUUUAAA